UCCUUAUUUACUUUUUUUCAAUAUUUCCUUUUCUAGUUUGUUGAAUAUAAUGAAGGUGGACGUUGUGAGCAGGAAGUUGGUGAAACCAUGCACCCCAACUCCAACAAACCUCAAAAACUACCACAUUUCAUUCAUGGACGAACUCAAUCCAACGAUGAACGUCGUCGGCAUUCUCUACUACAAAGGCGCCACCGCCGAACAUCUCCACCACCUGGAGCAAUCCCUUUCAAAAAUCUUGCCUCAGUUCUACCCGUUCUCCGGACGAUACAUGAAACACGACCACCUGGUUCUUUGCACCGACCAAGGCGCUCAACUCAUCGAAGCAAACGUCGAUAUUGAACUGCUACAAGUCAUCGAACCCAAUUCCAGUAUCAAACCCGAGCAACUCAACGAUCUCCUCCCAUGCGAAAUCGGCGAGGCGGACGAAGAAACCGACCCCAUUCUAUCCGUGCAGAUCAACAAAUUCACAUGCGGUGGGAUAGCCAUCGGCAUAUGCAUUUCCCAUAGAAUCGUCGACGCGUGCUCUCUGGGAACAUUCAUCUCAGCAUGGUCGAACGCUAGCCUUGCCAAAGUCGACGACACCAAAGAAAUCAUUUCCCCGACUUUCGACGGUCCCGUAUUUUUCCCCGGAAAAAAUUUCCCCAACCCGGAGUUCGGAACAACAAGAUCAAGCGACAACGGUCUCUACAACAUUGUCUGUAGGAGGCUUAUGUUCGACAAGAACGCUAUAUCUUGUCUGAAAACGGGAGCCACCACCGCAAAAACAGGCGGCAGACUGAUUUCCAGGGUUCAAGUGAUUUCGGGGCUAAUAAUGAAAGCCAUAUCCAUGAUUGAUUCUACGAGGGCUUUGUUCGUCGCACAAGCGGUUAACAUGAGGGAAAGAACUAUUCCCGUCAUUCCUAAACACAGCUGCGGCAAUUUGGCUGCUCUGGCAAUCACUGAGUGCUCCGCCGAAGAAUCGAGAAAAAUGGGGUACGAGGACUUUGUUCGUUUACUUGGCGGUGAUGCUAGAAAAACCGUGGGCGACUGCGCGCAGAUUUUAUCGGAGGGUGGUUAUGGGGACAAGUUUCUGAUCGACGGUUCUCAUUACGCUUCAGAGAAAUCACUGAGGAGUGAUGUUAACGUUGUUUGGAUGACUGAUUGGAGUAAGUUUCGAUUCUACGAAGCCGAUUUGGGUUUCGGUAAGCCGGUGUGGGCGAGUGUGACUAAUGUGGUGAUCAAGAACCAUGUUUUGCUGAUGAGUAAUAAAGAGGGCGAUGGGAUUGAAGCGUGGGUGAAUUUGGAAGAGAACGAUAUGGGCAAUUUCGACCGAGAAAUUAACAACUUGUUUGUUAAAUUAUCAUUGGAAAUGCAUGCAAUUGGACCGGGUCCGGGUGCAGCAACAUGGUCUUAAUUUUACUUUAUUGUAUAAUGUGUUUGUUUUAAGCUUAACGUUUAAGUUCAGUGUCUUGUUUUUUGGUUGUUGUAUGACAUGUCAUGGGUUUGAAUUUUGAAAUAAAAGUGGCAUAUUCCUAUGCCUUUCCCUUAAUUAGUGUUACGUAUAAUUCAUUAAGAGAUUAAAUAUGAGCGGAUCACCCGAUAUUUAAUAU